CCGGAAGCAACUCUUCGAGGAGCUUCUGUGGGAGCACCGGGAGCUUGCUGAGGCCCACAGCCAGUGCCAAGGUUUGUUUCUUUUGCCUCCGGUAUCUUUUCACCGGAAUGUUUCCUUCCUUGAUGCUUACGCACUUUUUGUUUAACAGUUGUUCCGGAAGCUAGCCUCGAGGCCCUGAAGGCCCAGGUUGCCAAGCUUCAAGGUACCAUUUUUUCCUGCUAACCCUUUCCUUUUUUCAUUUGAUCUAUUGUUGCUUGUUAAGACUUUUCUUUUCGGUAUUUAGGCGAGAAGGAGCAGCUCCUCAAGGAGCACAACGAGGCGCUGGAGGCCCAGAAGACCGCCCUGGGGGAGCUCAAGGAGCAGGCUAUACAAGCCGCGCUCCGGCACGAGCAAGCCUUGAAGGACGCCCGGGUAGCAGCGGAGGCCAGGGUGGCGGAGAUUGUGGAGGAUUCCACCAACGCCAACACCGUCCUCGCGGCAGAACUGGAGGAGGAAAGGAAGUCGCGGAAAGCAGCGGAGCGCCUUAUUGAUACCAUGACCACCGAUCACCGGGAGUACGAUCGGUUGGUUAUGCAGAUAGAUGCGCUAGCCCUCCAGCACUUCCCGGCAUCCCAGGUCUUUGCCUUGAAGAAGGUGAGGGAGGAUCGGAUUGCGCGGGAAUUUCCAAAUCUGGAUGCGCACUGGGAUGGGUACGACUAUCUUGUCGCCCUCUCCGCGCGUGUUCAGCAUAUGCGCUCCGUCGACCGGCUUCUUGCUGACCUGCCAGCCGCCGCCAUCCAAGUUUUCAAGGUUUUGUGGCCUGAGGAGGAGCUGCCGGGGAACAUCACCCUCACCGCCGCGCGGCUCAAUGAUGCCGGGCACCGGAUCCGCGAGUGGCAGUGUUCCGCAGCUCGUGCCGGAGCUGACACGGCGCUGCGCUCUGUGUGCUCAUGGUAUCCUGCUCUUGACCUGGAUGCUCUCCAAGGUGUUCGCGCGGACGCUCCCACGGACACAGACCCGGCGCUCUCCGCAAAGCGGCAGGACCGGGCAUACCGGCUCGCUGAGUAUGCCGAGGUCCGCACCUUCAUCCCACCCCCUCCUGGCGUCAAGGACUACCUCAGCGAUGAGGAAGAAGAAGACGAGGGAGAUGAAGGUGAAGCUGCCGAGGACGCGCCGCCGGAAGCUCCCGAGGCCGGUGCUGUUCCCCCACGAAGAUGCUGA